UCAAAUAUCGAAAACGUCGCUUUUAGUCAAUACAAUAUUUUCGAUCAGUACGUACCUAUAACAACUCAUAUAUUCACACAUCAGUUCGUCGAGAUAUUAUUACGUAUUUCAUCAUUGGUUUAUUCUUCCUCCUUCUCUUUCUUCUUCUUCUCCUUUUCCUCUUCUUUCUUCUUUAUUUAUUUAUUGCCUUUUCUUUUCUUUUCUUUCUUUCCUUUCUUCCUUCCUGUCUUUUCUCGUUUACCUUCUUGUAAUUAAUCUCUCGUGAAAGUGAAUUUAGAAAGUGAAAAUUUAGAAAGUAUUCAGAAUCAUGCUUAAAGUACAAAUGUAUAAUAACAACUUCAUAUCGAAGACUUGCCACCCAUGCGGUUAUACCUUCCUAGGAUCGUCGCUCGUGGUGGAGCCAUCUGUGGCCAGCGGUGCGAAGAAACGGGGUAGCGUCAUCGCCGCCCUACCAGAAUCCUCGCUCGACCAGAUCGGCAACGGAUGGCGAUUUGGAGAGAAUAGUGAUAUCCUACAAAAGGAGAUGGAGCGUUUGGAUAUCGAGGAGAAGAACGGAGAUGGCCAAAGUAGCGGUGCUGGUGCUAAAGUCAUUGUAAGCAACAUCCCAGCGAACGUUAAAUUGGACGAAUUGGAACUGCUUCUAUUGAAUUUCGGACAGGUCCAAAACGUAGAAAAGGUGUCCUCACGUGAUCCCAAUACAUUGUCCUACCUCGUCAGCUAUGAGACGCUAGAACAGGCACAGCAGGCUGUGAAUCAAUUUAAUGGCUAUGAAUACGAGGGUAACUCGUUAAAGGUGGAAAUGUCUUCGGCUGAAAGCCGACGAAGAGGCCGCAGCCAACGCGGCGGCGUUGCAUUUUCCGGUCUUCCGGGAUCCGGCCGACAAACGGACUUCCCUCUUCGUAUUUUAGUACAAUCGGACAUGGUCGGCGCAAUAAUCGGCCGACAGGGUUCAACGAUACGUCAUAUCACUCAGAUGACGCGUGCUAGGGUCGACGUACACCGUAAAGACAAUGUAGGCUCUGUCGAGAAGGCAAUAACGAUUUAUGGUAAUCCAGAAAAUUGUACGAACGCAUGCAAGAAGAUCUUAGAGGUUAUGCAACAGGAGGCAAUGAACACGAACAAGGGAGAGAUUAUUCUAAAGAUUUUGGCACACAAUAAUCUUAUCGGACGUAUCAUCGGUAAAGGUGGUAACACGAUCAAAAGGAUCAUGCAGGAUACCGACACUAAAAUAACAGUUAGCAGUAUAAAUGAUAUCAACAGUUUUAAUCUCGAGCGCAUUAUCACGGUUAAGGGUACUAUUGAGAAUAUGAGCAAAGCCGAAUCAAUGAUAUCGAGCAAAUUACGUCAGAGUUACGAGAAUGACUUACAGGCCAUGGCGCCUCAAAGCAUGAUGUUCCCCGGUUUGCAUCCCAUGGCUAUGAUGUCAACCGCUGGCAUGGGAUAUAGCUCGCGUGGAACAGCCCUUUAUGGCUCUGGUCCCGCCCCAUAUCCCUACCAAGGGAGCUUGCCGACCCAGGGCGUACCCGCUGGUGAUACACAGGAAACUACCUUCCUCUACAUUCCUAAUAGUAGUGUCGGUGCUAUUAUUGGUACUAAGGGUUCUCAUAUAAGAAAUAUCAUAAGGUUUUCCGGUGCCAGCGUUAAAAUUGCACCGCUCGAACAAGACAAACCGGCGGAGCAACAAACUGAAAGGAAAGUCACCAUUGUCGGAUCACCGGAAUCACAAUGGAAGGCCCAGUACUUGAUUUUUGAAAAGAUGCGGGAGGAGGGCUUCGUUGCUGGUACAGAGGAUGUUAGACUGACGAUAGAAAUUUUAGUACCAAGCGCUCAGGUAGGCCGAAUCAUCGGUAAAGGCGGUCAAAACGUUAGGGAGCUUCAACGUGCAACUGGAAGCGUCAUCAAGCUAUCGGAACAACAAGCCACGCCUCCCUCGGCCGACGAGGAAACCACCGUCCAUAUCAUUGGGCCCUUCUUCUCCGUUCAGUCUGCCCAAAGGAGAAUUCGUUCAAUGGUGUUGCAAUCUGGUGCACCCGGUGGAGCGGGAGGUGUAGGCUCACGCGCUGGUCGUGGUAGCAGCCAAGAAGGUGGUUCUCGUUCCCGAAGAGACGGUAGUGCAACGUCUCAACAAGGAACUGUUGUUGCAUCUCAACCGCAAUCACAAUCGUCAUCCCAGCAGCAACAAACGACGUCCUCUACCUCGCCGUCAAGUCAACAACAACAACAACAGCAGCAGCAACAGCAACAGCAACCAUCACCGCCACAGCAGCAACAGCAACAACAACAGCCACAACAACAACCGUCAUCUCAGAAUCAGUAACCUCGAUGAAAAAAAAAGAACAAAAAAAAAAAGAAAAGAAAAAAAAAACAAAGAAAAAACAACAACAACAACAACAACAACAAGAAACAAUUUGUUCGAUGUCGCCGCGACCAACAGCAACGCUUCGUAUAAAAAUCCAUUUUUUUUUUUCGUCGGGGUGGUGGGGACUCGUCUCUCAUCGAGAGGCUGCGUAAAAAACCCCUCUCGCGGAGAUACGUACCCUUCGAGAUGAUAAUGAUGAUGAUUCAUAUAAGGAAAGAGAUAGUAAGACUAAGGAAGAGAUUAAGAUAAGGAGAGAGCGAGAGAGAAGAAGAGAGAGUGUGAGAGAGAGUGAGAGAGAGAGUGAAAAAGACGGGUAAUAAAAGAUGUAACGAUGAAGGAAGAUAGAGCGAUGAAGAGAUUGAGAGAGAGAGAGAGAGAGAGAGAGAGAGAGAGAGAGAGAGAGAGAGAGAGAGAGAGAGAGUGAGAGAGAGAGAGAGAGAAAGUGGAGGAGAAUAGUGCGGGCUCUUAUAGCGAUGUACAGAGAGAAGAAAUUACGGAAGAUAACGAAUAUUUCUUUCCAAAAUAAAUGAUAUUAAAUUGAACUGAACUAAAAAAAAAAAACAAAAAAAAACAAAAAAAAAAAUACAAAAAAAAACAAAAAUAAACCAAAAAAAGACAAAAAAAAACGUUUUUUUUUUUCUUUUUUUUUUUUUCUUUUUUUUUUUUUUUUUUUUUUUUUUUUUAAAUAAAAAAAUGUGUAUACACGGAAAAAAACAUAAACCAAAAAUAUCAUUCAGCAGGAACCAAUAAGAGUACUUUUAACCCUGUCGUUUUCGGUACUGAUUUUUUUUUCUUUUUUUUACCCUCUCCUUAUUAUCAAAAUAUUACCUAUGAUUAUUCUUUUUUCUUGUCUUUUUUCUUUUUUCUUCUUUUUUUUUUUUUUUUUUUUUUUUUUUUCUUCGAUAUGUCAACGUUUUACGAAGGAUAUAUAAAUAAAUAAAUUUGUAUAAUCCUCUCUCUAUUUGCGUGUUGUUUUGUUCAAUGAUAAAAAUGGUCAUUCGAUGAUUCUUCUUCGAGGUGUGGUCCUAUCAGAAAGGACAGACAGACAGGAGAGUAUUAGAAAGAGAUAGAGAGAGAGAGAGAGAAUUAGAUGGUGCGUUUAAUUUCAAAAGAAAAAAAAAAGGAUAAAAAA